GUCUUCAGACGAACAUAUCAGCCAUGCCUAUCACCUGCUGAGGACGCGGCUCAAGGAGGAGCACGCCGAGAUGCGCUUCUCGGCUUUCCAGGUCGUGCAGGAGUUGUUCACCCGAUCCCAUCAGUUCCGGACGCUAGUUAUUUCCAACUUCCAAGAGUUCUUGGAGCUGACGGUGGGGAUAGACCAUGAGCAGCCGCUUCCCCCGCCCAGAGAUGUGGCACAGAAACUGAGGAAAGCAGCCAUUAAGUCAGUGCAAGACUGGCAUGAGAAAUACGGAGAGGCUUACAAGAAGCUUUCUCUGGGAUACCACUUCUUAAAGCAGAAUAAGAAGGUGGAUUUUCAAGAUGUGCAUGCCAGAACCAUGGCUGAAAGGAGGAGGGAAGAGGAGAAGCAAAAACGAUUGGCUAACAUUUACAAAGAAAAAGCCAAAAGAGCUGAGAAAGAAAUGGAAGAAAUGUCCCAAGAGGUUGCUGACACAUUGACAGAGAUGGAAAACUGUUUCCGGCUUCUGAUGCCAGAUCCUUUUGACUUCACUGUGAAUGACACAGAACUGGAACCCAACAAACAAAUGACUGCAUCCCCCUUGUCCUCCCAGAUGGAAGUUAAACAGUCCUGUUUUGGAUCCAUGGAUGAUGAACAGCCAUGCUGCAGCAAGGACAUUCUUUCUGUUUCUCAGCAUGUUAGAACUGAUAAAAACAAAGAGUUAGAUGAGAAACAGGAGAAGCCUGAGCAGAAGGAAUUAGAUGGAGACACAUGCUUGGAAGUUCAGUCUGGUGUCCCUGCUCUCGAUGAUGAUGAUUACCAGACUUUUGUUAGGAACCAUGGGCUUAUUUCACAUAAGUAUACCCUAGAUCUUGAAAUUUCCACAGAUAUAAAAGUGCAUGAGAAUGAAGAUAAUACUGCCAUAAUAAACAACGUCAUGGAUGCUCAGAAACUCCUCAGAAAUAAGUUCUGGCCGUCUGUGCAGUCCUGGAUUCAGUUAUUUACCAGAGCAGGAAUAAAUGAUGAUCGGCUAAGAUGUGCCAUUGAUCUCAAGAAUAAAUUGGAGACUGCUAUGAAAAAAUACAAGGAAAUGAACAUUUCCUUUAAAGAGAGAAGAAGAAAAGUGAUGAAAGCCUCUGAUGACGAUGACGACGAGGAGGACGAAGAUGAAUUUGUGGAGGUCCCUGAGAAGGAAGGUUAUGAGCCCCACAUUCCAGACCACCUGCGUAAAGAAUAUGGGCUAGAGCCCCAGUCCCCUCCAAAAGCACCAGCAGGGAAGACGUCAAUAGGACCAGCUCCGUUGCGCUCCCGCGCCCAGCCGAAAGGGAAUGAAGACGAGCUUGAUCCAACCUGUGCAGCCGCCACAUUGAAACUUAUUAGAGACAAACUACCAAAGUUACCGCCUCCGCAUGCCAGUGACUUUGCAACUACUGAGCCAGCGGCCUUGGAAGAGCUUGACAAUAAGAGAAGAAAACUAGAAGAAGAAAGAGCUAAAGCUCCCCUCAUGCCUUUUGGAUUAGAUCUUCACUACUGGGGACAGGAUCAGCCAAGUGCUGGGAAGAUUCUCAAAUUUGCUUCUGAGCAUCGAUUUUGGGCUCCCAGUGAAGUAGAGGAAGAGGUGGAAAAUAAAGAAAUAACUGAAAUGUUAAAAACUAGAUACAUAACAUUUGCUGGCAAGUUUGAACCAGUGAAACAUAAAUGUCGAGCACCAAUGCCUGAUGGAAGACUGUGUGAAAGGCAAGAUCGGAUCAAGUGCCCUUUCCAUGGAAAGAUAAUUCCUCGGGAUGAGUGGCGAGAUCCAGAAUUCAUGAGAGAGGUUGAAGCAGCUACAGGAAUGGAUCUUGGUUCCUCUAAAAAUAAUGAAAAAGGAGGGAAAAAGAAAGGGAAGAAGAAAAAAUAUCCAAAUCUGACAGACCUGAAGCAGCAGGCUGACACUGCUCGUUCCCGGCUUGAGAAGAAAGUCUUCAAUAAAGGUGCUAUGAAACGGGUGGUGAAAGCAAUGAACCGAGCGGACCAAAGAAAGCACGAGAAGUUUUCCAACCAGUUUAACUACGCACUGAAUUAA